UAUAAUUAGUGUAAAGGUAGUGAGACAGUAAGAGUAGGCAGGUGUGUAAAGGAGGGAAGCACAGUUUUGACUAAAUGUAGUGACAAAUAAACAUCUUGUCACUUAGAGGUGUUGUAGCGUUGUUUCCGACGCGUGAGAUCCGAACAAGACACGCUUCCGGUCUCGUGCUGCUUUUAUCCACUUUAUUGAUCAAUAAAAGCUCGCAGUUCCAAUCCACAACCUUGCUUCCACUCGACACGGUCAAAAAGUGUUGCGCUUCCCUCCUUUAUCUAUUUAACCAGCGAAUAUGUCUGCAUGUUGUUUGAUGGAAAGUAAAUACUUGUAUAUACACACACGAUAACUGAUUUAGAGGCCACAGAAGGACAAAAGAUGGUCAUUUGUGCCUACAUGGCCAUUAGUGUGGAGCGUGAACGUGCUGUGGUCCGCUUUCAGUGUCAUUACCGCUAAGUGUGUAAAAGCUGCGCACCAGGAAUCUGCACUACUUGGGAUUUCGGGAAGAACGGCUGCUUUCCCCGCAUCAGAGACGCUGGAGAGAGGCUGUUUAUUUGUUGUUUUUACACCGAACACGUGAGGGAUACGGCAAAAUUUUAUUUCUAAAGCAAAAAAGGAUUGUUCUUCCUUCAGGACCAAAUGGAUGAAGACAGAAAUGUUGAGCCCAUGGACCCAAACUCCACCGAUAUCCCCAUCAGUGGGACAGAUUCAGAGCAGCAUUGUGAGAAUUUCGAUCAGUAUUUCCUGCAUGUCAGUCUGCUGCCCGCGGUGUUAAUAAUACUGCUGCUGUCACUUGUAGAGCGCAGAAAGAGGGUUUUUGCCUUGGAGAGGAGAUUUAUGCCUCCGUGUCUGAGCGGACGAUUUGCUGUCGUGGUACCCGUGGACUUUUUGAGCACUCUGGAGAACCGAUGGUCUUACGCUUUUGCUUUCGGUGCCGUCGCUCAGCACAUGGUCAACCUGAUCAUCAACGACAGCAACCCGCUUCCUUUCACACUGCCGCCUUCUCUAAAAGUAUUUCUGUACAUGGUAGCAGCAGUGAAAGUGGGCGUGGCCUGCAUGCCGUUAUUCGCCUGCUUUUCAACACCACACAAUCUGCUGGGAGGAGUGUUGGGCCUGCUGUAUUCACUCUACUGGUUCAGUCUGGAAGUGUAUGAGUUAUACUGGUGCAGUGAUUCUAAUGUGUCUAAAGGUGGUUUAAGAGAUUACUUACUGGCACACGAGUGGUUACUGGAUGUCCCACACUUACUGUGUUUUGGGUUCCUGGUGUGUCGCUUUGGGUUCCUGAUAGUGGAGGAUAUCCUGAUCCGCCUGAAGAAACACAGCAAACAGGAGGAAGUAAAGAAGGCGCAGUACAAGUAUGUACAGAGAUUAUUGCAACGGCCGGCUGACAGGUCUGUGGAGAAGAGCUGGUUCCAGAAGAACGUGUACGAGUGGGAUCCGUAUUUUAAAUUUCCAUCCAGGAUCAUCAGCACCGUUGUGCUCUGCUUCUUCUGUCUGUACUUGGUGGUGCUAAUCGAGGCGGUCAUUUCUUCGUUUGUGUUCACCAUGCUGCAUGGUGUGCGGAACAUUUUCACUGCUUUUCUCAACCUGACAGGUCGCGUCAAACACCUGAACUAUUUCAAAUACACGUGGUACGUCUCCUCGGCCUGUGCCUCGUUCUCGGCCGUGGUUCACAUCGGCUCUGUGUUGGUGUAUUACAGGAGGCACAUUAAAUCCAUGUGGGCUGGAGAAAAAAUCUACUUACCCAGGAACUACAAACCAUGUCCUACUGUUAGUUUGGGUGGGGCUUUGAAGUACCCUGGCUAUCAGAUCGCCUUCACUGUGUGGGGUUAUCUGCUCGUACACUUGGCGAUGUUCGUGGGUGGCUUGGUGUUUGUGUAUACGGUUAUAUCACCGAUCAGAACAUACGGCUUUCUGCGCUGGCUGAAUAACCUGAUCAUCGUUCUGGCAAAUUUCUUCGUCCUGCUGGCUGUGAUGGGGCUACAGCGCAUGUUCCUCCACAUGUUUUUCCUGCAAGAUAAAAACUCGCCUACGGAUGAAGACAAGCCGUUAGCGCUCAACAACAGGAAGGUCUUCCACAACGUUAACUACUUCCUCUUCUUCUUUAACACGAUCUUGGGUUUGAUGAGCUGCGUGAUGCGGUUGAUGAAAAGCGUCGCCGUGGGGUUGGUGUUGCUGCCGCGGAUCGAGCGAGCCAUAAUGCCGCAGGGCUUCGAGAAGUUAGACAAGAGUUACUGCACGUGGUUGGGAAUGAUAUUAACAGAUCAUCAUCACAGUAAUCCACUUCUGGUGUGUUUCUGUCACCUGCUGCUCGAACACACAGUGCGGCGUGUCGGCGUGUACGAGAGACUGCACCAGGAAUUAGAGCCUCCUGCGAAAGAGCGCGCUCGUGCUCGCUGGCUUCUCAUGUACACCCUAGUGAGGAACCCUAAACUCAUCCUGCUGAGAAAGCAAGCCAAGCAGAACAAAACAGACACCGAAUUCGCCUUCGCCUGGGCCGUCUCACAUACAUCGUGAAUACGGUCCAUUAUGUGAAAAAGUCUCAGUAGUCACAGGUUUCAUACUUGGUUCAUCUCUCUCAGGAACACGGUGUCAUGAGCAGGAUACCGGGCAGUGCAAGGGGACCUUUUUUUGUUUGUUUGUUUUUUACCAUAUAUGGGGAUUUGGAGGUGUUUUUUACGUAAAUAAGUCUUUAGUGAGUAGUCUAGUCCAUUGCAUACAGCUAUAUUAUAUACCGUGUGUUAAAUGUGCGAUAAAUACCGUUUCCUCUUGUGUACCGAUUCAUACUGUUCUUAAAAAGCUGUUCCACACACACUGUGAUCAGCGAAACUCCGGGAUUUUUGUAUUGUACUGUAGAAUUUUACUGUUUAAUGUCCACAUUAGAAAGAAAAGGUUUUCUCGACACCAAGAAAACGCCUAUAAUGUUAAUAUAAUCCGGGUGCAGGAGAGAUACUGGAACAUGGAGGAAGAGCACACCCUGGGCAGGACAGUUACACACACACAUACACACACAUUCACAUUCACUAUGGACAAUUUGGAGACGCCAGUCAUCCUAAAACAAGUCUUUGGACUGGGGGAGGAACUGAGAAACACAGAAACAUCCAACAGAGAAAGACAGAGAAGCUGAAGAUCUGGGAAAAUGAGUGGAGUCCAAAUAUACAAUGUGUAUACAGUCCAAUAUGCUGCCCAAGAGAAGAACUUACCGGAUAAAAUGACCUCUUUAUCCUGAUCAGGGUGGAGGCGGAUCCGGAGCCUACCCCAGGAACACUGUCUGUGAGGUAGGAAGUCCAAGACCAGGACUAACCAAGAUUGUCAAGACUGAGUCUUAACGGGGGUCGAGGACGAGUCGAGUGAGACCGAAAAUCAUCAAAUCCAUUUUGAGGCCAAAGAGAUGUGUGCUUUCUUCAAACAUGUGGAAUUCUUGAUGGUCUCAUGUUUAUUAGUUUAUAUAUAUAUAUAUACAGUAUAUCCUGCUAAAUAACUUUUUCCACAUCAUUUCUUUGUGUUGCUACGCAGAUUAUAGAAGGCUUGUCCAUUCGUCUGUGUAAAAUAUAACGGCGGCAAAUUCAUUUUGUAUCAUUACUUAUAUAACAAUAAACCAGUUGACGUUGAUUUCUGAUCUUUCUUAUUGACGCGUUCGAGGAACCUGUGCUGAAAACAAAAAAUCUUUCAAUAUUGCAAGAACGUAUUGUAUAUUGAGAAAGACUUUGGGUGGAAGUAAAAAACUCUGUAAUGUAAUACCUGCUUUCACUUCUGCUUUUCUUUUCUUUCUUUAAAAAAAAAAUCUGUUUAACAGGAAGUCUGGAAACAUUGCCAAACUCAUCAAAGACACUGAAGACAGAUUUAAAUAUCAUCAUCAUCCAUCUUCUAUACCGUUUAUCCUUCCUUCAGGGUCGCGGGAAAACCUGGAGUCUAUCCCAGGGAGCAUGAGGCACAAGGCGGGGUACACCCUGGACAGGGUGCCAGUCCAGAACAGGCCACAAUCACACACACACACACACCCAUUCAUACACUAUGGACACCUUAGACACGCCAAUCAGCCUACCAUGGACUGGUGGAGGAAACCGGAGGAAACUGGGGAGAACAUGCAAACUCCACACACAGGGCCACGGUGGGACUCGAACCCCCGACCCUGGAGGUGUGAGGCGAAGGUGCUAACCAUUAAGCCAGCGUGCGCAUCAUCAUUAGUGGUGGUGGUGGUGGUGUAUUUUUUCCACCACAGAGCCCACAGUGAAUAGUUUUGUCUUCAUAUCUGACAAGAUGGAUGCUUGUGUGUAAAGUUAAAUGUCUUCCCAACAUUGGGUUGCGGUUCCCAAAACGUUUGUAACGCCUGUGAAGUUGUCUCAUUCGCAUAAAAGAGAGCGUUCGUGACACACGCAGAAGUAACACGUUUACAUUUAAAAUCAAGUCAAUUCUGCAAACUGUUUCUGUUGUGUAACUUUACGCCUGCGUCUACUCGCUGCUGUUUACAAACCCUUUCCUCCUUCAUCUGCUUCGGGGUACAUUUCUACAUCCUGAGCGUGCUAAUCACCCGACGCUGACAGACCGAGACCAAAACCACAUCCGCUAACAAUACUGCGAAUGUUCAUGACUCCUAACACUUCAUUUGAUUUGCCUGUAUAUAUACACAGAAUAUUUGCAUUAAUUCAUGCCAGAAUAAGAGAAAAUUAUUAUACAGUAUUUGUAAUUAUACAGAAUAUUACAAUGCACACACACACACACACACACA